AAGAAAAAGAAAAAAUGAAAAAAGAAAAAAUAAUAUAUAUAUAUAUAUAAAUAUAAAAGAAAAAACCAAGAAAAAAAAAAAACCUCCUCAACUGGCUGGGCAUGGGCCAAGCUGCCUCAACACCAACUGGGCUCCUCCUCCAUCUCCUCUCUCCUCCCUCCAGUGAUCCUCUGGAUAGAAAAGGGCAGAAGCCCUGAGCCAUCAAACCAGGCUCACCAAUUUACGAGUAAAAUCACCUUGCAGCAAGUAGCCUGAACCUUUGACUCCUUAUUCUCCUCCUCCUCUCUGCUGGACUCCAGACUCCUUCUCCUCUCUGCUGGACUCCAGGCUCCCAGGAUCUCUCUGCUGGACUCCAGGCUCCCAGGAUCUCUCUGCUGGACUCCAGACUCCUUCUCCUCUCUGCUGGACUCCAGGCUCCCAGGAUCUUUCUGCUGGACUCCAGGCUCCCAGGAUCUCUGACACCAUGAAAGGUUUGAGGACCAUCACUUUAACUUACCUACUCACCCUGUUACUGCUGGCAUCGUUCUUCUCUCAGUCGUGGAGCGCACCGAAGGGCUCCUUCCAACGGAGGAACUGGACCCCGCAGGCGAUGCUGUACCUGAAGGGCACCCAAGGACGAAGGUUCAUCUCAGAGGACCGAAAAGAAGGAGACGUCUACGACACGUUACACUUAGAGACCCGCAGUCAGAACACAGAGAAGCUGAGCGUGGACCAGGCCGCCACCGUCCUGCUCAACUUCCUGCAGCAGGCCAGAGAGGGAGCCGAUGAGAACCCAGAUGAGGUGUAUUUCCAGGAUCUGCCGGUGUGGAAGAGAGAAUACUUCUGAUGGUACAUUUCUAAAGCUGUCGUUGUUUUUGAAUCUGAAUCUCUGAGUUGGGUUCUGUGUGACGGAGAAGAACAGCUGCUUUUUUGUAAAUAUAAAUUCUCUGACGAUGUUUAAAAUGUGUGAUGUUUUAAUAAAAAUAGUUUGAAUUCAUUCAUUCACUAUUGGUC